UCAUGAACCGAAAGUCCAAUGAUUGAUAGUGAGAGCCACAAUUAUCGCCACAUAUGCGCUCGCUCACUCUAGAGUAGGUCGGGAAGCGGCACACCGACGAAAUCAAGACACCAGCAGUACAUUGUACUCGAGGUCAGGCUGCACUGUACUGUACAACGGGAUAUAUCACUACAGCACACUCCCCGUAUCGGACUUUAGACAGUAACAAGUGGCCUUCUUCAGUGUUACGAAGCAACGCCGUGGAUACACAGCCCCGAGGAUUGGACGCCUGCUGUUGAGAUGGCGACCCAAUCAAAUUUCUAUGUGCAAUGUAUCCCCGUAGCGGCCACGGCGGUCUUCGCAACGUUGAUAUACUACUUCAUCGACUACAUAUUCUGGUGCAUGAUAGCAGGUUGCGUUUUCUACGCCGUUGUGCUGUACUUCUUCAAAUCGGAUACACCCAAUCACAUAGAUCCGACAGGGAAGGCUAUACUCAUUACUGGAUGUGAUGCAGGGUUUGGUAAUAUGCUGGCGACGCGAGCGCACAAGCUCGGCUUUACGGUGUUCGCUGGCUGUCUGAACGACAACACAGAGGGGCCGCGAGAACUGCAGAGUACGUUCGAGGAGAGGAUGCACGUGUUGAAGAUGGAUGUGACGAAGGAUAGGGAAGUGAAUGAUGCCCUUAAGUACGUCCAGGAGAGAUGUCGAAGUACAGGCUUGUGGGCUGUUGUGAACAACGCCGGCAUUGACGGAGGAGGCCCAGUGGAGCUGUGCAGCUUGCAGUUCUACAAAGAAGUGUGUGAAGUCAACCUGUUCGGGGCCAUUAGAGUGUCCAAAACGUUCCUGCCACUUGUGAGGCAAGCUAAAGGUCGGAUAAUAAACGUGUCCAGUGAAAGAGGCCGCCUGGCAAGGGGAGGUAACUCGACGUACUGCAUUUCGAAGUACGGUUUAGAAGCUUUCUCUGAUGCGUUGCGGCAAGAGAUGAGGCGAUUUGGCGUGCAAGUCAGUGUGAUUGAGCCAGGACAUUUCGGGGGAGCAACAGCCAUUCUUCGCGAACACAAUAUUGAAAUGUUCAGAAGGAGACUGUUUGACGGUUUCAACUCGGCCAGUGAUGACGUCAGGAGGGUGUACCCACAACAACUGGCAGAACAGGUUGUCGAUGACCUGUACACCGCUGCAAAGAAAUCACCGACAUCAUGCGACGCCGUCCUAGACAUCAUGGAACGUCAGUUGGUAGAGGUCAAGGUCAGCCCGAGAUAUCUCAUCGGGGGAACGAAUUCACUGGUGGACUUUCGUGUGGUGUACAUAUUUCUGAAACCGUUCCUGCCGGACCAAGUGUUGGAUUACCUGUUAGAGACUGUACCAGUCUGAGAAUUGUGGUAACAUCGAGUAACCAAUAUAUUAAACACGCAAUGCACGAGCGGACAUGUAGCAGCAUAACGAGUUCACUGUUGCAAAUAUACGAUACGUAGGAAAAGGUAUCCCAUUAUUACUUUUAAAGCAUAAAUUAUUUUACCAUGAUUUUCUCUUCAUUUAAAGUUAUUGUUUGUGUCUUUCUUUUCGAAAUUUCGAGUUUUUUGUCGUUAUUUCUAAUAUACUUUCGUGAUUUCGAAUAUGUUCUCUUUAUUUCAAUCACUUUCUCGUAAUUUCAAAUUAAUUUAAUUCUCGUUACUUCGAUAAAUAUCUGGUAUUUGGAGUGUAUUCCCGAUGUCACGUGUUUGUCACAUGGGUAAUGAUUGGUGACGCCUUUUCGAACACGUGUUAAUACGUUCAAAAGUAGUCAGCCUCACUUAGAAAAUUAUACAAAUGCAGCUGAUUUUAUGUUUUAUCAUUCGACAUAUUGCCUGUCAACCUCAAGCAAAAUAGUUUUCUGCCAGCCUCAUGAUUUCCAAUUUGUUUGACUUUUAUCUUGGAAAAGAAAAUUUGUAAGAAAAAACAUUUUGAGUGUUUGGGAUAUGCAGAAGUCUGCUACAAUCAGACUUAGAUGUUAAAGUGCAUAAGAAAGCAACUUGAAACUACAAUCGUUUGUUAAAGUUGGACACUACCCACCCCCAUUUCAGAUGACGAAAUCACAUCGACAUAACUGUCUGAAUAUAAAUCAUGCAAUCCAAAUCACGGAAUGUUAAUUAUCACGGGAACAUAUUUUUUAUGAUGUUGUCUAAGGGCAUACCAUCAUCCAAGAGGUACCACAUGACAGAUCGUUUUUCGUUUUCUGCAAUUUUAUAUUCCAUAUAUGUGUGUAUUUUAUAUAUGUCUGUAUGUCUGUCUGUCUAUCUGUCUGUCUGUGUAUGUAUGGAUCUGUGUAUGUGUGUGGGACGGAUGGAUGGAUGGAUGGAUGGAUGGAAAAUUAACUGUUAGUUAAAUUAACAAUGACGGUCGAUGAUAUAAACUGACAAUAUGUUUGGGAUCUGGACAAUUCGAGAGAACCAUGUCUGUGACACAAGCACAUAGCAGGUUCAACGAAAAUGAAAGAUAAAGUACAACGCAUUACGUAGACAACCGCUACUUCACCAUAUCAAAGUUCGUCAAAAGAGUGUUUGAUUGUCCAUGGUGCAUUUUUAUCGAUUAGUACGAAAGAACAUUAGAUGCUGCUAGAUAUGUUCUUUUUACCAUGGAUGGUAGUAACAUCUGCACAGCUGUAUUGCCCACUCGUGAACAAUUAAUAAAUCUAUCCAGAGGUUAUUAAAUGUUAUAUGUAUGUAAUAUAAUAUAUAUUAUAAUGUAUACGUUGAACCUAGUGACAUUUGCAAAUCAAUUGUGAACUUCAUGUUUAUCACUAUAUUCGUUUGUGUAUUAAAUAUUUCAUAUUUCUCAUAGAAUAAAUGUGCGCAGCAUGAUUGGUUCAUAUGAUA